GAUAACUGUUGGGACCUGGCGCUUUUUCAGAUUUUAGUUUCUUAAUUGCACCUCAAUCAACCUCACAAAUGGUUAUAUUGCCUUCUAGAGCAGAUCUAUCUGAGUCCCCGAGGGAUGGCAAUUCUAAAUGGUUAAAAAACCUAUCUAUUCGUUCAGUGUCAUACACCUCAGAAUUGUAAAGAGUUUCAUAAAAGAAUUUGAACUGUUCAUUGAUUCCCUGUUGAUCAGUAAUAAUGUUGCCAUCACAGUUUCUGAUUGCUGCUAUAGAAUUAGAUGCUACAGUUUCAAUUGAUAACACAAAAACCGGCCAGCUCGCUCGCCAUGCUCAUAUUAAAUCUGGCGUGAUCUCAAGUGAAGAUCUUCCGCAUGCUCGCUGAUCAGAGAGUCAAAUUCAACUUGUAAAAGAAGUCCUUGCAGUCCUUAUUUCCUUAUGCAGUUUUAUCAAUCGUAUUUAUUUUAUUAAUAAUUUCUGUAAUCUGCUUUGAUUUCUUUUUAUUUGCACUCGAUAUGAAGUCAUUUGUUCUCCUCACAUAAGCUUUCAGAGUAUCCCAUAGAAUGCUAUAACUUAUCUCAGUUUUUUUUUGUCAAGAAAUAACUCAAUUUGAGCGUCUAUGAAUUUUAUAAAUGCGCUGACUUACAUGCUGUAUUGAUUGUAGAGCUACACCGUUCCAAAACUGGGUGUAGGACACAAUUCAAAUCACCACCUAAAAUAUAGAUUAUAUACCCAAUUAGGUUCGUACACAUUGGCCAGGACAACAGGCAUGUUGAAAAGUUUACCCUGGAUUAUUACGUAUAUGUCAUUUUUAUCCUUCAUUGUUACCUCCUCUACAAAAUGUACAUUCUUAUGUAUAAGUACGGCAACUCCCCUGCUUUUGCUAUUAAAAUUCAAAAGGAAAAUUUGCGUAAAGCCUCCUCUGUGAAGUUUAGGAUGGUCUUUGUUCAGCAUAUGAGUCUCUUGCAAAUAUAUUAUAUCAGAUGUCAAUUUAUUAAGAUGUGUGAAAACCUGGUUUGGCUUCACUGGGUGAUUAAGCCCCCGCACGUUCCAACUGACAAGGCUUGUCUCUGCUCCACCUAUGUUACUAAAGGCCAUCGCAAAAACUUCUCAAUAAUACCACCAGAGGACCCCUUCGGCACAGUCAUCAACGGUAUUAAGAACAGGAGGGAACCUGUGAAUUCAACUGAAACUGUCAGUAAAAAGAUCACAGAACUUAUAGGAUCUACUGGGAAUGAUAGAGGAUUCACCUGCACCUCCCACUGAUGCUACAGAUCCUGCAGUAUAUUACCUUCUGUCGAAGGGGAGAGGUACAAAAGCCCAGAAAAUAAAUGAGAACCACAGGACAUGGAAGGAGAGUUGGACAUAGACACAACGUCUGACUCAGAAUCUGAAUCAGAAUUUGAUCCUGAGAGCAGCACAGGAUCUGACAGUCUGAGUGAGAACAACAGCGCAAAGGAAGUAAAACUAGGGAAAAAAAGGAAAAUGAAAAAACUUAACUGUAAACAGACAGAGCCGUCUUCCCUCUGUACAACCAAGAAGAGACAAGCCGAAGGUACCAAAGUUCCCAUAGACACAACGUCUGACUCAGAAUCUGAAUCAGAAUUUGAUCCUGAGAACAGCACAGGAUCUGACAGUCUGAGUGAGAACAACAGCGCUUUCCAAAACUCCAGCCUGUAUUUCAGACAAAAAUUUGGAAACAAAUCUGAACUUCCUGUCACAUGUGGAGAUAAAGACGGCGUCCUGCAUGUGGUGAAAUAUAAUGACAUGGAGAAGUGCAUCUUCAGUGAAGGCCAGUGGUUCAAGCCCAACGAAUUUGAGAGGUUCGGAGGAAAGGAGAGAAGCAAAAAAUGGAAGACCAGCAUCUUUUGGAAGAAUUUUCCACUCCAGAAACUCAUAGAGGCUGGACGUCUGUCAUCCUUUAAGCAAAGCCAGAUUAAGAAUAAACAGAUUGACACUCCUGAAUCCUCACUUGUUGCUGACAGACUCAGAAAAAGAAAGUGUCAGAGACCGCUGUUUCCCUCCUGCUCUGAAUCAAAUGGCAGGAACGAUGAUGACAAUGGCGAAGUUGUUGAUGAGAAUGAUGAAGAUAUCAUUGACAUGACCGUGUUUGAAGGUCCAACCCUACCUGUUACCUGUGGUUCUGGCUCUGGCAUCCUACACAAAUAUCGCUUUGCCACAGGGCGUUGUGGGAGAUGCAUAAGAACAAACGACUUCUGGCUGACACCUGAGGAUUUCAUCAGAGUGAGCAAACCAGAAGGAACAUGGAGAAAAGACAUUUUAUCCAAUGGGGAACCUCUGGGGAAACUCAUAAUGAAAAGUGUUUUGGAUCUGCAUAUGAUAAACUGCGAUUGUAAGAUCUGUAAAGACCUGGAACAAUACCUACAGAAUGAUGACGUGUGUUUCGUGUGUGACUCUGAGGGAGAUCUCGUGUGUUGUGAUGAGUGUCCACAAGCUUUUCAUUCACACUGUCACCUACCAGCUGUACAUGAAGACUCACCUGGAAGCCAGUGGAGCUGCACGUUUUGUGUGAUGAAGAAGAUGAAAAGUUUCAAUCAAAAGACCCAACAGGAUAUUUUGAGCAGUCCAGUCUCUCAGUACACACUGCACUGCCAGUACCUGCUGUUACACCUGCUACACGAGAGCAUGACCGACCCCUGUGCCAAAGUUCCAGGAUUCAGUGGGAACAUUUGUGGUCCCAUGAUGCUGGGCAGAGUGAAGCUGAACUUGGAGAAUAAUGAUUAUCGAACAGUACAAGAGUUUGUCACAGAUAUUGAACUGAUUUUCAAUAACUGUUGCACUUCCAGUGAAGACAGUGACUCGAGUAGAAUGACCUCAAGGCUGAAGGAAGUAUUCAAGAGGAAGUUUGAAACCGUUUUUAAGCUCCUAUAACAUCAUGCUGUGGGUUGUUUGUCGAUAUGUCAGUACUGUUUCGCAGAGCACACUCUUGAAGUGUUGCCAUGUCCACUUAUUAUAGGCGAUGCCUAUUAAGCAUACGGAAGAAAGGCACAACUCUGAUAUGCAUAUAAAUACAUUAUUAACAACUAGUUGUUCAGUUCAGUUCCAUAUUCACUGUCUAGAAUUUUUGUAAAUGCGUUUGUCACAUAUAUACAGUAUAUAUAUAUAUAUAUAUUGUUGUUGUAACUUUUUUUUCGCAUGUAAGAACUGAAUCUAACUGAACAUUUUUUUGUUCCUUACAUGUAUUAUG